AUGAGAAGAAGCAGGAAUAAGGCUGUACUAAACAACAGUACGCUGGACAUAGCUACAGAAGAUAAUAUUACAAAUACAGACGCAGCUUCUUCUGAUUACCGUCGCCACAUACACACUUCAUCACCCCACCAUCUUCAUCAUUCAAAACAUGCAAUCCUAAUACCCAGCCCAUUGAACGCGUUGCUUCAUUCCGAUAGACACAUAAAGUACCAUUUUUACAACCUCGGUGGUGACUUCAUUAGACUUUCAGCCUACCGUCGUUUCAAGCAACUAUUCCGAGUUGGAGGCGGGUCCUUGAUCAAGGAGAUUGUAUUUGAUUUAUCAACAUUUUUGAAACGCGAGGUAAAUGAUGAGAAAUCGGGUGUUCACUCAGAGUUUAAAAACUAUCUUACUUCGAAUAGCAACAUUUUGAAAAAACGAGAAUCUAGUUGGUGUCUUUGUGAUCAUCAGUUUGGAUUACGAAAUUGGUUAUUCAUUGUGUUUGGAUACAUGUUGCAGAAUUAUAAAGAAGAGGAAGUGCAUGAGUGUUUGGAUGAUGUUAUCAAGAUGUACUUGAAUGCAAGAAAGAAUCGACUUGAUCCUGAUAACGUUAGAAUCAUACGUGACGAGCGUGACAACUUUACAUUGUCUACGUUUCAGAACUACAUCAAUACAGUGGAGAUUCAGGAGGAUUUAUUAUUUGGAGAUAAUGGACCCACUAGAUUUGUCACGAUAUCAUCGGCAUACAACCAGAAAAUUUAUCUUCCACCUUUGCCAAGGCUACAUGAUCGUGAUUUAUUAGUUAAAGCAUUGAUGCACAAGGAAUUUUAUCGAUUAUUGCUAGACCCACGUCACAAUUUUGCUCAAAUUAUGAAGUCUCACAACUAUGAUUUAUCAUUCAGUGAAUAUGGUCUAAUUCGUAAAGAGAUUUCAUUCCUCGAUGGAUUAGGCGAUUUCUUCUUAGCUCAGGAAACUUCAAGACUUAUAUUUGACUUGUGCCGCAAUUCCAACACCACUACCACCACUAACCUCAAUGAGGGCGAUGACACCUCCACACUCGACCCCAAUGUCAGUUCCCAGACGUACAACUUACUCAAAAUGAUUCUUGCUACAAACACUCUCAUGUCAAAAUUAACCAAAUGUUACAACUUAUACCAGGGUCUCAAUGACCCCAUAAUCAACACGCGAAUAGCUGAUGAAUGGAUCCCAUACACCACAACUGGUAAAUUACCACCCGGGAAAGAUGCUAAAGAAGUACGCAUUUAUGAAGAGGAGUUUUUAGGUGAUUUUUUUGAAAGCUAUAUGGCAGCAUUGUUGAUUGAACAGCCCCAGGUUGCCAAAUCAUUCAUUAGAGAAAUAUAUAAACGGUUGAUUUCAAUAAUGACAAAGACAUUGCCUCCUGAAGUGACGUAUCAGAACUGGACUAUGAAUAUCUUGGGAAGAAAUAUUUAUGGUAAUAAAGAAGUUGUUUAG